AAUAUAUUUAUUAUCUGUAUAUUCAGCUGUUGUCUGUCUGUGUCUGUCUCUCAGGACCAGCCGAUCGUCCUGAACAGGAAGAAGAAGUUGGGGGGUCGCGGGGCGAACGACUUCAACGCUGACUUUGAUUUCGGAGAGAGAGACGGGCCGAUCGACGACGACUGGGUGAUGGCCGACAUCAUGAAGCAGCUCAAGACCAAGAGGAUGGCGACCACUCUGGAUCAGAAGAUAGAGAAGAUCAGAAAGAAGAGGAAGGCUGAGGAGAGAUGUGCUGAGGAGAACCAGGAGGACCCGGGGAACCAGGAGGACCAGGAGGACGAUGUGAAGCCAGCGGCAGGAGAGGAAGAUGAAAAUGAUGAUGAUGAUGAUGAUGAAGAACAGGAGGAGGAUGAAGACGAGUUUGAUUCAGACGAUGAAGAGAUUCUGACCAAAUCAGACACGCUGAGAGACAAAGACCGACGCCGGAGGAAGAGGAAGGGGGGAGCGGAGGCUCCGGACAAGUUCUACGCCGACGCGUCUCAGUUCGAUGAUCAGCUGACGUUUGACAACAUGAACCUGUCCCGCCCGCUGCUCAAGGCCAUCAGCUCCCUGGGCUUCCAGCUGCCGACCCCGAUCCAGAAGGCCUGUGUUCCCGUCGGUCUGCUGGGCCGAGACCUGUGUGCCUGCGCUGCUACCGGGACAGGGAAGACUGCGGCCUUCAUGCUGCCUGUGUUGGAGCGCUUGGUUUAUAAACCCCGGACCACCCAGGUGACCCGGGUCCUGAUCCUGGUUCCCACCAGGGAGUUGGGGAUCCAGGUCCACUCUGUGGGCCGACAGCUGGCCCAGUUCACCUCCAUCACCACCUGCCUAGCUGUCGGCGGGCUGGACCUGAAGUCCCAAGAGGCCGCGUUACGGGCGGGUCCAGAUGUUCUGGUGGCCACGCCGGGCCGGCUCAUCGAUCACCUUCACAACACGCCGAGCUUUGAGCUGAGUCACAUCGAGAUCCUGAUCCUGGACGAGGCGGACAGGAUGCUGGACGAGUACUUCGAGGAGCAGAUGAAGGAGAUCAUCCGCCUGUGUUCCUACAACAGACAGACCAUGUUGUUCUCCGCCACCAUGACGGAGGAGGUGAAGGAGCUGGCGGCUGUCUCGUUGAAGGAGCCAAUCAGGAUCUUCGUUAACAGCAACACAGACGUGGCCCCGUGUCUGAGACAAGAGUUCAUCAGAAUCCGCCAGAACCGGGAGGGGGACAGGGAGGCCGUGGUGGCCGCGCUGCUGACUCGGACCUUCCAGGAUCACGUGAUGUGUUUCACUCAGACGAGGAAACAGGCUCACAGACUGCACAUCCUGCUGGGACUGCUGGGGCUGAAGGUCGGAGAACUGCACGGAGAACUGAGCCAGAACCAGAGACUGGAAAACCUCAGGCGUUUUAAGGACGAUCAGAUCGACAUUUUGGUGGCGACAGACGUAGCGGCCAGAGGUCUGGACAUCGACGGAGUUAAAACGGUGAUAAACUUCACCAUGCCGUCCACGGUGAAGCACUACGUCCACCGCGUGGGACGCACGGCGAGAGCCGGCCGCUCCGGCCGCUCGGUGUCUCUGGUCGGAGAGACGGAGAGGAGGAUGCUGAAGGACGUGGUGAAGUCAGCCAGGAGCAGCGUGAAGGCUCGCGUCCUGCCGCCAGAGGUGAUCCUUAAGUUCAGAGAUCUGAUCACGAAGCUGGAGAAAGACGUGCAGGCUGUGAUGAAGCUGGAGAGAGAGGAGAGAGAGAUGGCUGCGACUGAGGCCAAGGUACACGACGCUAACACCAUCUACAUCUCCCAUCUCUUCCAGUCUGAGGAGCGCUCCCAGUUCGAGAUCUUGAAGGCUCAGAUGUUCGCUGAGCGAGCGGCGAAAAGAGAGAGACGCCCGAAGAGAGCGAGAGCCAUGAUGGGAGAGGAGACGCCCACCAUAGCAGCCAAUCAGAAAGCAGGAAAAGGCGGGAAGAAGACGGUGUUUGACCGAGAGCUGACCAACACGAGCAAGAAAGCUCUGAAACACUACAGAGCAGGCCCAUCAUUUGCAGACAGGAAGCGUCUUGGUAUGGACAGGAAACGUCCUGGCAGCUCCAAGUUCAAGAAAAAGUGAGGACAUCCAAGAUGGCCGCCUGGAGCAUGUUGUCUUUGCUGUAAAUCUGAUAUAUUUUUUUUUUUCAUUUAAGAAGUUUUAAAUAAAGUUGCAGUCUGUAUGAAA